AUGUAAAAAUUCAAAGAGUGGCUUAAACCUGUCUCUGACUAUUUCAUUAAUGGUUUCUCUGAUACAUUUCAAUUACUACUUGAUAAUUUCUUAGGAGAUUAUCUCGAAGAUCCAAAAUAACUCAAUAUGAGCACUUUGCUAAAAGGAGUAGAAAUGCUUAAAUUAAACAAAACAUUCAUCAAUUAACUUCUUGGUUAAAGUCUUUUUAAGCUAGAAGAAGCAUACAUAAGUAAUUUAUUAAACUUAUUUUAAAGAGUCGAUCAAAGUUGCUAAUUUAAAAUUUGAAGCUAGUGGAGUUAAAUUAGUAUUUGCACUUGUGAAAGAAAUCAAUAUAGAUGAAUUAAAGGAAUAUUUAGAAAAGACUGAAGAGGCUAAAGAGAAAGAGAUCUAAAAACUCAGCUAAUUGGCACAGUUAAGAGAAGAAGUUUAUAAACAUACAGAAUUAGAAUAGAGUAUAGAUUUAACUAAAUCAAUUGGACCUUAAACAGGACUUAUUUAAUUCUUAGGAUUGGUAGAUACUUUAUUAAGUAAUUCAUCCAUUACUAUAAACAAUAUUGAGAUUGUUUUAAUAGCAGAAGGAGGAAAGUAAUAUGAAUUCCAUAUUCAUCAUACUAAUAUUAAUUUUUAGAAGCAAAAUUUAAAGUAUUAUUCUAUUAAAGAAAUAGUAAUUUGCUUUUUAUAAGCUUUGGAAUAAAUCAGAUUGAGUUAUAGUUACAAAAUGAAUAAAUUGCACUAAUAGAAAAUGCAUUAAAACUAGAGAUGUUUGUGGAAACCAGAAAUGGUAGAGUGAAUACAAAAGUUGAUGGUAAGAUUUCAUCUUUAGAUAUUGUAUUAAAUUCAAAAUAAAUUUAAAAUAUAUUAUCCACAGCUCAAAAAUGUUUAGCAUUAACAGAUGAAUUAAAUAAAAUUAUAAUUGAUUUAAAAGGAGAAACAUUAGUAGAAUUUGAUGAUGAUGAAGAAGAUAUAUAAAAAUUAGAAAAAACUGAUUAUUCUCUUGUAAAUUCAUAGAAUUAAUUUUUUUCAAAAAAAAAGAAUGUUCAAUUUAAAAUAGUUCCUAAUUAAUCAUAUAUGGAUACUCUUAAUAAUAACAUAUAAUAAUCAUUAGCUUAACAUCCUAUUCCUUAAUAAUAAGAAAAAUAAUUUAUUGAGUUCUCUUAAAGUAUUUUUAAUACUUCAUAAGAAUAAUUAGAUUUUGCAAAAAAGAGUGUAAAAAAUUAAAUUGAAACAUUUAAAUGUUAAUUUGAUGGUAUUAGAAUAGCUGUAUGUGAAAAAUCACAAUAAUUUCCAAAAUUAAAGGGUAGAUUCUUUUAAGAUCUUGAAAGUCAUUUCUUCAUUGAAAUUAUUAAAAUUUAAGGAAGCUAUCAUAAAGAUCAUAUUAACUUUUAGAUCUCAAGUAUAGGAGCUCAUAGAGUUAGAGCUGAUUAAAAUAAUGGAUAUAAUAUAAUGUAAAGUUAAGAAUUGUUUCGAAGUUGUUUAGAUAAUCCAAAAUUUCAAUUUUUUGUUACUCCUGUUAUAAUGAUGGGUUUAGUAGAAUAGGGUAGAAUUGAAUAAGAAUAUGCAAUUUAUCUUUUUGAUAAAUUGUAGGAGUAAUGUAAAAACAAUACAGCAUUAGAAUUAUCAGUUUAAAUAUAUCAUGGUAAAAAUAGAGAGAAGUUUUAUAUGGCAAAUAUGUAACUAUCAGACUUUAUAGGUUCAUUUAAUCAUGAAUUAUUCUUAAGACUUUUACAAUAUCUACCUCAGAAUGAAGUCUAAAAAUUACCAGUACAAGAAGUAAAAAGACCAUGUAUGUAUGGAUUCGAUAUUAAAAUCCCAUAUGUUAAUUUAAAUUAUUUCAUUAACAAUAAACCUAUCUAAAUAAGAGUCAAAGAGAUUAAACUCAAAUAAUUUCCUGUUAAAAAAUUCCCACAUAAAUUAGGAAUUUUAGAACCAUUUGAAGGAAUACCUAAAAAUGAAGAUCCAUUAUAAUUUAUUUGUAUCUCAUUUUUCUCAAUUUGGAUUGAGUUUUCUGGAUAAAAUAUAGUAACUGUUGGUUAGAAUGUAAUUGAUGAUUUGCAAAUAUUUCCAUUAAUUUAUAUAAGCUUUUAAGAAAAAAAAGAUUUAAAAAAAGAAGGUAAAUAAGAAUUAAAAGAUUCUGUCAAGCAUAAAUAAUCAAAUAGUGAGAUACUAAUUAGAGGAUCACUUCCUUUAGUUGAUUUUCGUAUAACUUAAGAUCUACUAUAUUGGUUAAUCUCAUUAAAUUAAUAUUUUGAGAAACAAUAAAAAUAUAUUAAUAAAAAAAAGCCUUAACGUUAAUUGAAAGGAGAAUCAAAUACUUAUAUUUAAUUAUCAAUAGAGUCUUCAUCUGUAUAUAUUUUAGAUCAUUCUAAUAAGGAUUUAUUAUAAUUGGAUUUUUAAAAAUUGACUCUAAUAUCUGCUUCAUCUAUAAUUUUACUGUUAUAAAAUAUAUUAGUAGUAGAUAUCUAAUGUCCUUAAGUAAAAUACAAUAGAAAUAAACCAUAAUAAUAAAUUAAUAAAUUUUGUGCAUCUAAGAUUAUGUUAUAUAGAAUAAGCACAAUAUAAGUUAAUUCUUAAAUUAUAUCUGCAGGAUCAAAAAGAUUAUAUUAAAAACCUAUUGAAGUAGAUUUUGAUAAUUAUAUUUUUAAAUUAUAACUUGGAAAAAAAAUGAAAAUAGCAAUUUAGAAUCUUUGUUUAAGAAUACCAGAUUUCAAAUUUACAUCUAUUAAAAAGUUAUAUCCUAUAUUCUAAAACUAUUAAUCAAAUUCUGAAAAUAAACAAACAAAUGUUUAAUAAUAAUAAGAUAUGGAAAUUGAUAUCAGCAUUAAAUAAAAUAUAUUUUUAGAUAUUUUCCCUAUUAAUGAAGUUGAAGAAUUAUCUAAUUAAGGAUUAUAAACUAUAAAAGAGUUUUCUAAUAGUAGAAUUUUAAUUCAAAUUGAUGAUCUUGUUUAUCGUAAAAAACUCUAUUUAUAAAAUGCAGAAUUAUAUAUUUGUAGAUAAAAUGGAUUUGAAUUUUAAUGCCCAAUAAUUCUAGAAGGUUAUUUUAAAAAACUAAGUGCCUUUUAAUUCACUUCAGUACUCUCUAUUAAAAAACUCAAUUUUUUUGAAAACAAUUUAAAAAUAGAUUUAAUCUAAGGAAAUUUCAGAUUUGAUAUUAUUUAAACAUUUUUAGAAAUUAUGGAAGAAUUAUAACCAUAUAUUCCUUAAUCAAUCCCUAUUGAAGCAUCGAAAAAUGAAUAUUUUAUCUAAAAAGAUUUCUCAAAGCCAUUAAUAGAAGGAGAAAAAAUAGAUAAUAAAAUAACAAUAACCAUAGGAUAAUUGCUUUUGCAUUUAGAAGAAGGACACACAUUCUAUUAAAUGCCACUUUAUUUUUAAACAGAUUAUGAUUAAAAUAGUAGAUUUGAAAAUGAACUAUAAGAUUAUGUUAGUAAUGCUGAUUAACCUUAUAAAAAGAUAUUAGACACAGUUAGUUUGAAUUUUACAAAUAUAAAUUUAUAAAUAGAGUUAUAUGCAAAAGGAUAAACAGGAAUUAAAUUUUAAUCUCAUUUUGAAAUUGAAGACAAAAUUUAAAAUUCUAAAUUUAAACUCAUAUUAAGUCCAGAUACAGAAUCUUUUUGUACAGAUUAUUAAAGUAUUCCCAUAGAAGUUGCAUUAAUUUUAGAAAAUUCAACAUACACUGCAUCUAUUGCAAUUAUUCCAAUGAGAAUAUGUUUAUCAGGUGCUUUACUUUCAUUUAUUUUCAAUUUCUCAAAUAGCUAAAGUUGGAUAUAAAAAACUAUCUAUGAAGAUUAAAUACAAAUUUUUAAUGUUUUAGAGAAAUCACCUUAAAUUUGGUUGAAAAGUCUUUAAAUUUUUGAAACAAGCUUUAAUCUUUCAUAUGAUUCGUAAGGACUAUAUAUGGAUGAUCUAUUAAAAGGAUUAUUAAAAAUCAGUUCAUUUUAUGAUUUACAAAUACCAAUCAAAUAUAUGAAUUCAUAAAUUAGAGGUACUCCUGAAGAUGUAAUUAAUUGUGUCAUUACAUAACUAUAAACAAGUUUAGGUUCUAAAUUAAUGAUUGCUGGUAGAGCAUUAACUAGUUUAGAAGCCUUCUCAACAGUGACUAACUUAAUUAAAGGAACUAUAGGUUUACUUUUAAAACCCUUAGAGGAGGGUUUUUUAAAAGGAACUAAAAAAGGAGUUUAAGAAUUUUCAAAUUCUUUAGUAUUUGCUUUACUCAAAACUCUAAAAGUUCCUUCAUAAGUGAUUAUUGCAGGAGGAGAAACAGUAGGAUUACAAUCAUUAACUCUUCCAUUCAGAUUCGUUAAUGAAAGAAGCAAUUAAAUCUUAGAUAAAAUUAGUCCUUCAAACAUCCCAAAAAGGUUUUUAAAACGAUACUGAA